GGAGCGAUUAGCCGAGGGAGGCGAGCAGCCAAUGAGAGCUCCGCCUCACGUCGGUGAUUGGCAUCCAAGUGGGCCUUUGCGAGUGGAGGAGGAGGAAGAGGAGGUCGCCGCGGCUCGGGCCGGCCGCCGCCGAGUGCGAGGCUGGAUGGAUCUGUUCGGGGACCUUCCCGACGCGGCCCCUUCGGCAGCUGUGGAGGCGGUGGCAGGUAAGCGCCCCGGGCGCCCUUCGGGGCCUGGACUUCGCCGACCGCUUGGCGGAAAGGAGCCUUCGGCUGUCGGCCUCAGGAGCCGGGCUGGAGCUUAGCCGCCCGCCCUCCUUCCCUUCCCGGAGCCUUGAAUUCGCCUCAUUUCUUGGCGGGGAAGGGAAGGCGCCGCCUGCACUCGGGGCCACCUGCGCAGCCAUGGUCCCUUCGAAGAGCGGCCAAGGCCCCAGGUGGGCGCAUGCACGGGCUGUGUUGUUUUUUUCAUGCCCAGGAUUAGCCCCGCUUUGCUAAACACGGUGCAGCACGCAUGCGCGUGUGAACUCGUACACGGAUGCACGCGUCGCGUAUUGACACCGGGAUGCGCGCACGCGCGUCCUUUUCUUGGGUGAAAGCCCUAGCGCGCACUCACACAUACACACGCAUGGGUAACGGCUUCCGAGGUACUGUAAUUGCUGCUGCUUCCGUGACUUUCCAGUACUGUAUUGUUUUGACUGUUAGCUGCUAGGAAGGGAGGAGGAGCAACUGAUUCUGCCCCCAGGGGAAUGGUUAUUUUUUUAAAAAGAAAGAAGUCAAUCUGUCCCUUGUGGUCACAUGUUCUCAAAUUGAUAUCUGUUGUUGUGUCUCUUUAUUUUUUAGGGAAAGAAGGGCAGAAAGGAAUUUUGCUUUUUGAUGAACUUCCGUCAGUCAGCAGCACUGACUUUGGUAUGAUUCUUGUAUACAUCGUGUCUUUCACUGACUAGCAUGGUCAUCUCCUUUUCCUCCUUUUGUUUUGUUUGUUAGGCCCUUAUGUAGUGAUGUGCCCUCCUUAUGCCUCAGGGGAAGACUAGCAGGCACUCUUAAUCCUCUUCAUGUAUGUAACUUGCUUUGAGAAAAGAAGGACACCAUUGCUCCUUUGAGAAAAGCAGGACACCAUUGUUCCUUGACUAAUGUUUUUCUUUAUGGCAGUUCUUCAAGCCAUAUGUACUCUUUGUCCCAGCCCCAACUUACUACAUGUAUGUCGAAACUCCAUCACAAAGUGGGCCUUUACACCUGGGCAAGAAGUUGUGUUUAUUAUUUAUUAAUGUGCAUUCAUUACUUGCUAUGUAAAAUGUCUCCAGGUGACUUUCAGUUGUAAAUUUUUUUAAAAAAAAUACAAGUUAAAACAUAAAAAGAAUAAAACAGCUAUUUACUCAAAAGUGCUCAUCCUGCAAUAUUAUAGAAAAAAACAAAUCCUACCCUGGCCCACUAAAAGCUUGAACACCACAAUACACUAGUGCAGGGCCUUUGAUCCUCCAGAUGUUGCUGAACUACAACUUCUGUGAGCCCCAGACAGAAAUGGUGGGCAUUUUAGUUCAGUAAUGCCUGGAGGCUAAAAAUUUCCCAAAAUGUGGGUAGGGUAUCAUCAUAUAUGGUCCCAACUAAGAACCAAAUGCCUGAGUAAACAGGAACAUUUUUGACUGGCACUUAAAAGUGAAUAAUGAUGGAUAUAGUUGCUGCUUCUGGCUGGGGGGGUUCUCUGACUCAAGGUGCCUGUAGGAUUGGGAAGAUGCUGUGCUGAUGUCCCAACUGUGAUUUACCCCUUGGCUGAACCCUGUCUCUUUGUUUAGCAUGGGCGCCAUUCCUGUAUCACAGGGCCUUGACCAUCCAAGCCUGCAUUUGUAAUGUGUAGCUACAUGCCUAAGUUUACUUUUGUUCUUCGGCUUGCUACACAAGCAGCAUUUCUACAUCGCACUCAGGUUUACCAGUAGAGUGAUUACAGAGACAUUGCUGAUAAUACAAAGGCUGGUUGCUGUAGAACAGACAUUUUAGCUUGGCAGUGCUGUUUUAUAGAUUGUGUGUUCUUUAUGAAACUAUCUGAGAAAUCUGUUUGCUCUGGGACCUGGAUUCUGGACACAUGUUUCCUUGUGUUUUAGGAACUGGAGGCUCUUUGCUUUUUGACGACCUCCCACCUGCCAGCAGCGGAAACUCAGGUGAGCAGUAGUCUCAACAUUUCUGUCUUGCUGUUGAUUGCACUGCUGUAAUAGGAUCACACCUGAGAAUGAAACAUGCUUGAGUGCUUCAGAAGUUGGUUAACUGAAGGGCUUCAUCAAAUAGUCACAGGUGAACAUUUUCAGGCUCAAAAGUAGUGGUUUGAAGGAGGUGGAUUGUUCCCUCCACACCACACCCUCUUUGUCUCUUCAGCUCUUGUGUGUUGGCUGUUCACUUCCCCGCUGGCAACUGCUUUGGUACCAUCUUUUAUUGCUGUUGAUACUAGAGCUUCCUCUAGCUAGGAUUAUAUAAAGGGGAAAUCAAGGGUGGUGUAGCCAGUGUUACAGCAUAAUUUGGCCCAUCUCAUCUGGCUGCAUAAUCCCAGCCAGUCAGGGAUUGUGUACUCUGUCACAGUAUCACUUGAGUAAAUGACUCGGAUAAAUAAAAUAACUGACCAACAUUUUGUUCCUCAGCUUCACAUCCUGCAGAGCAAGUUUCUCUUCCCGUGAGCCAUGGGAAGGGAGAGAAGAGGAAAUCCACGGAGGGAGAGAAGAAUGGGAGUGAAGAACUUGUGGAAAAGAAAGUUUGUAAAGGUUUUCAGACACUCUGAAGCCACAUAUUUUCUAUUCUACUGCUGCCUUAAAUUAGGGCAAAAGUGAGAUUGCUUCCUGUUGUGAUCAUUCUUAGGAAUGAGCAGGGGGAGGAGUAUAAGAUGCUCAUGAACAAAUGUCUCACCUCUGCAGAGUUUCCUGCUUUUAAGGGUAUUCUUGUUUCCUUGCAGACACUAUUGUGUCUGUAUUAUAUCGGUAAGCCAUGUUUCCUCCAAGGAGCGAAGGACAAUGUAUGUAUCUGUUACCCCCUCUUCUCCUCAGAACAACUUUGUGAGAGAGGCUGGUGGUGGUAGCUUUUUCAUGACAGUUCUGGGUUGCUUUUCAGGCAGCUGAGUCCUCAAUGUGGCUCACAAUAACAAGGUGCUGUGCACAAUUCAAAACAAGAAUUGCCUAAUAAGAUGAAUGAGGAUCUGAAGACAGGCCUGUGUCCAUGUCUCUUUAUCCACUGCCACGAAAGCUUUUUUUCUUGGUGCUCUUUGCAACAUGGCCUAACUGCUGCCAUGCCAUACAGCCUCCAUCUGUUUCCUCAUCUGCCUCGGGUAGAAGGCUUCUUAGAUUAUCCAAGCUAACCUAGAGUGUAGAAGCAAAAACAUCUUUCGAUCUCCCAACUGAAUUGUAAUGUGGCAACAGUGGCAUGACGGGAGUCACAUCUGCUUCUGUUCACAUCAACUGCAUUUGUAGAAAUCCCAGAAGUGUACCAUGUUGACGUAUUCUCUGGUGCACCUGAUCAAGCUGUAGCUGUUCAAUCUAGUGCUGUGGCUAACACAGUAAUGCCACAAGGUUUAAAAAUUAAGAAUAUUCAGAGGGUUCUAACCCCAGUUGAACAGCUUUUUCGUAUUAGAAUGUAUUCUGCCAGCAGAUUCUUUUUGAAUGUGAAUACAACUUGGGAAUGUUCCUACAUUGCCUUGAAUGGUGCUUUCAGUCUUUUGUUUUAUUGGCAUUGCUAGUGUACUCUUAAUUGGUGUGUUCUAUUCUAUAAUGUUGCUGUCUGGUAGUCUAGUUAAAGCUUUACAUGUAGUUUGUUACCAAGAGGUUUUCAGAAUGAUACUGUCCUAAGCAAAAUGGCCACUUAAUGGGAUGUUGUGCAAAAGAGAGCUCAAGGAUUGAAUCUUGUGUGUAUCUUUUGCUUUCUUUUUAGAUUCUGCGGGUAUCCUUGGUCUGAAGGGCUACGUGGCAGAGAGGAAGGGAGAGCGAGAAGAGAUGCAGGAUGCCCAUGUCAUUCUGAAUGAUAUCACAGAAGAGUGCAGCCCCCUCCCCUCUCAGAUGUGAGUAUUAUAUUUGCAUAUUAUCAUAUUGACUCGUGUGUGUGUGUGUCCUAGUCCUACUUUGUGCUGAAUAACCUGUUUUGCGAUAUGUGGGCAAUAAUUUUAAAGUUGCUUUCCAGUUGAUUUGGUGUCUGGAAAUAGUGUUUUCCUUUUUGAAAUGUGUUAUGCCAGCAAUGGUUAUUAGACAUAUCUAUAUAAUAAAUUAGCUCUGGUGUUGGAGAUGGCAUGCCUUUGAGUGGGGAACACUGUUGCCCUUAGGCCUUCUUUCUGGGCUCCUAGAAAACAUUUGGUUGGCCAUUGUGGGCACAGAAUGCUAAACUAAAUGGGCAGUUGGUAUAACUCGGUGCGAUUCUUCCUGUUCCUAUUGAACACACACAUUCACACCUCAAUGCACCUUUCCUCACAGAUGUAAUUCUGGGAGAUACAGCAGAAAAUUGGGCCCAAGUUAUCCUAAAAGAGCACGUCAGAUAUUUGCUUUCCAUCCUUUUUAUUCUGUAUUCUUCUAAAGAGGCAAGAUCUCUAUUUGUGUAACUGUUAAGAUUCUACCAGUGGCAUUGGAAAACCUAGGAUCUGGGUCCUUGUUGAUACUGGGGGCUGCUUCACACAUUGACAAAUUCAUAAUUUAAAGAGAAAUGUGAAACCUGUACGUAGGCAAUCCAUGUCGGCAAUGAGGACCCUGUUGCCCUGUUCAUGGACUGCAACUCCGGUAAUCCCUGACCAUUGGCCAUGCUGGCUGGUGCUGAUGUUGGGAGUCGAACAGCAUCUGUUAAACACCAGAUUGCCUAUCCUUGUGGUACAUGGAUGAGGGAAGGUUGUGCUUUUUGCAGAUCCGCUAGUGAUGCAAGUUCAGCACAUUGUCAGUUUCUUGGCCGCUUCCAGAGAAUGGGGUCAAUCUUGUCUUCCUUUACAGUACCCGUGUCUCAUACUUUGCUGUCUUUGAUGGCCAUGGAGGAGUUCGAGCUUCAAAGUAUGCAGCACAGAACCUGCAUCAAAACCUGAUCAGAAAAUUCCCUAAAGGUAAAAUUGGGGGUUGGGGAGUGCAGUGUGUGUGCAGUAUCAUUCUCUGGGGUUUCCUGCUUGCUGAGCACUAGUUUUAAAGCAGUGUAGCUGCUGCUGCUUGCUCAGAAGAAACUAACUUUGUGCUUGUUUGGGUACACAAUGCCCAGUACUUUUAUCAGCUGCGCUGGCUCCCAAUCCGUUUCUGGACCCAAUUAAAACUCCUGGUUUCAAUUAUUUGUUUUCCUUUAAAUUGUAUCCUGCCUUUAUUCCCCCUUAAAAGCCAAGUUGGCACACAUGUGACUGCAGGGUGGCCUCUCACUCAGGCAUUGGACAGACCCAGGCCUGCUGAGCUUCAACACAGUGUCCCUUCACACCAUAGUCCUGGGGUCCUGCUUAAGCCCUAAAGAAAUUGGAGCCAGGCUAUCUGAAGGAGUGCCUUAUCUAACAUAUAUUUAACCAAACUAUGACAUUGCCUUCAGAAGUCCUAUUCUGCAGUCCUGUCCUGUGGCAAGUGAAGGAUGGUGGGUGGCCUCUAGGGAGACAGCCUUCCUUGCAGGGACACCCCAGUUGCAAAGUGCCCUCCCUGAACGGUUAAUCUGAAUUGCAGAUUUUCAUUUAUUUCAUAAAAUUUAUACACCGCUUGAUUGUAAAGAAAAAACUAACAACAACCCUCAAAGCAGUUUACAAAAGGAUAAAACCAAAAAAUCAGAGGGGGAAAUUCAAUAUCUUAAAACAUACAAGAAGUUAAAAUACUAAAACAGAUUAAAGUUUUAAGCAUCUGGGUAGGCUUGGCCAAACAGGAAUGUUUUUAGCAGACACUGGAAAUUAGUAUUUUAGUCAUAAUACAUUCUGUAAGCAACAUUUCAGGUAAUCCUGAGCAAGAAUUUUGAUUUGUCUAGCACAGAAUAUGUUUUGAGGGAAGUAGCUAAUCACUUCUUUCGUGUUCAUAACAGGAGAUGUGCCCAGUGUUGAGAAAACAAUAAGAAGAUGCCUUCUGGACACCUUCAAAUACACCGAUGAGGAGUUUCUCAAGCAGGCUUCCAGCCAGUAAGUGUAAACUUUCCAGGUAUAUAGGCCAGGCAUAGGCAAACUCGGCCCUCCAGAUGUUUUGAGACUACAAUUCCCAUCAGUCCUGGCCACUGGUCCUGCUAGGGAUCAUGGGAGUUGUAGGCCAAAAACAUCUGGAGGGCCAAGUUUGCCUAUGCCUGAUAAAGGCAUUGUGUUAAGCGUAAUUGGGACUGUAUUGCUUCAGAAAAGAUGUUUGCAUGUUUCCCCUUGUCAGAUGUUCCCUACAGAUGAGAAAGAAAGUUGUCAAGUAGUGUUAAAACAAAGCCACCUUCAUAACCCUCCCCCUUUUUGCUCCUGCAGAGCCAGUGUGGUAUAGUAGUUAAAGUGUCAGACUAGGACUUGGGUUCAGAUGCCUACACACUUCCACUCACCUUAGGCCGGUCACUGUCUCUCAGCCAAACCUACCUCACAGGGUUGUUGUGGGAAUUAAUUGAGGCGGUGAGAACCAUUUUCCACCUUGAGCACCUUUGGCAAAAAAAAAGUGGGCUAUAAAUGCAAUAAAUAAAUAAUAAUUUGAUAACUAUUUUUCCAUUGCAGGAGUCUUUGUGGGUGGGUGUAUACAUACUCAGUUGUACACUCCUUCAUGUGAACUCAACCAUUUCAAAAUGCAAGGGGGGCUAUAGCACAGGUGUGUUCUUAAACUUGUGAGUGGUCCAUUAAUCCCCCCUCUUUUUUGCAUUGGGCUUUCAGUCUCCAUAAUUGUGCAGCAUGACUCUUGGAACAAUUUGGAACUUGCUUGAACUCACUUUUUUGUUUCCACUUUCUUGUGCUUACAGGAAACCUGCCUGGAAGGAUGGCUCCACAGCAACCUGUGUGCUGGUGAUUGAUAAUACUUUGUAUAUUGCCAACCUUGGAGACAGCAGGGUAAGCAGCACUAGAAGUUGUGGGUCCAAUUUCAAUACAUUUUUCUUGUUACUGAGUGACGCUAAUCUUUUCAGUUCCACCAAAAGAUGCUGUAGCAGCUGUACCUUAGCACUGUCAUUACCUUGCAAUAUGUCCACCAAAUUUAGUUGUUGGGAGGAAAUGUGCUUUGGAGCAGCUCUGUGAUCCAUUGGAUUUUCUUGGUGAACUCUAGAUGGCGUUAAAGACUCAGUGGUGUUGUCUUUCCAUCAAUUUUUAAGAUGUUCUCAGCUCAAGCCAAUUUCAGGCUCUGGCCAUUUUGUGUUUUAAAUUUGUUGUUAGCCACCCUGAGCCCAGUUUUCUGAACCAGGAAGGGCGGGGUAUAAAUAAAAAUUAUUAUUAUUAUUAUUAUUAUUAGUGAGGCUGGAGCCAUGCAAUAGAGUGACACUACUUAACUUAGAAAUUGGGACGCGGGUGGCGCUGUGGGUUAAACCACAGAGCCUAGGACUUGCCAAUCAGAAGGUCAGCGGUUUGAAUCCCCGUGACGGGGUGAGCUCCUGUUGCUCGGUCCCUGUUCCUGCCAACCUAGCAGUUUGAAUGCACGUCAAAGUUCAAGUAGAUAAAUAGGUACCGCUCCGGCGGGAAGGUAAACGGUGUUUCCAUGCACUGCUCUGGUUCACCAGAAGCGGCUUAGUCAUGCUGGCCACAUGACCCAGAAGCUGUACGCCAGCUCCUUCGGCCAAUAAAGCAAGAUGAGUGCCACAACCCCAGAGUUGGUCACGACUGGACCAAAUGGUCAGGGGUCCCUUUACCUUUACUUAGAAAUUGUUUAAGGGUUUGCUUAAUGGAAAGUUGUAUCCUAUAUUGCCCCAAGCAGAGACUUGCAAUCCUUGCUACUUGCUCAUGCGGGUUCUUCUGUCAGUGCAGGCGCUUCUGUGUCGCUACAAUGAAGAAAGUCAGAAACAUACAGCCUUAAGUCUCAGUAAAGAACAUAACCCAACUCAAUACGACGAGCGGAUGAGGAUCCAAAAGGCUGGAGGGAAUGUCAGGUAACAGGUUUCUCUUCUCUUCCUCCAAUAGCCCUUCAGCAACAUUUGGGUUUUUUAGCUGCAAACCACCCCCCUCUGGCCGCCCAAUGUAAAUGCUCAUUUGAACUGUGGAAAAUUCUUAUUAACUGUUAGCUGUAGACUAUGUGAGGUGGCUUUUUUAUUUUGUUAGAAGCCAUCAUUUAACUACCUAUGUGGAUAAAUGUUAAUAGUUGAAAUAAGUUAGUGUUUUCCUAGCUAUAUAGAGUAUGAAUAUGAACUGGUAUUGUAUUUAUUGGUGGGGUGUAUAAAGAAUGUGACUCUGUAAAAAUGACAAUUCAUCUGACCUUGGGAGCACACAGGGCCCUUUAACUGCUGGCCAGAUAGCUUUAAUCCAGCUGCUCAGAUGUCAAACUCUCUUCUUAAUGAGACCAAGUGAUUCUUACCAAAGGUGCUGUUGAGUCAUUGCAUGAUAAAAACAAAGGUGCUGCUGUGACUUUGAAAAUAUUGUUGCCAUGUGGUGGAGCUUCCUUCUAACUAGUUCAGCCAGUGGUACAUAGAGCCAAGUGCUGUUGCUCUCUGAAAGGCAAUAGCUUUCCAGGUUCUCAAGCAGAAAUAUUUCUCAGCUCUUGCUUCCUGAGAUCCCUUUAAAGAGUGGCUGAGAACAGGGAAAUGACAGGGUUGAAUGUAGCUCCUUAUACUUGAAAAGCAUGCACAUGUUGCCACUUGGUCUCCUAAUGAAGAUUUUUUUCUUGAAUUUCUCAGAGAAAGUCCUGCAAGGGCACAUGGGAGUGUGCCAUACUGAACAAGUUCAACCAAAUUUUAAGUAAAUGCAUAACUAGGGCAGGUGUUCAGAUUAUAUUAACAAAUUAACAUCCAAGUGCCAAUUUGUGAUCAAAACAUAUUGCUUUCUUUUGAGUUCUAUAAUUAUACGGUAAAGUUGCAAAAGGAAUUGUAUAGACUACUUGUGAAGCAUCUAGCUAGAGUCCGUAGUAAACUGGAUUCACCUUGGUCCCAAAUACUUCUAGCUCAGAAGUGGGGAACCCUUGGCCCUCCAGGUGCUGUUGGAAUAUCUCUCCCAUCUUCUCUGAACGUUGGCAGUGCUGCGUGGGACUGCUGGGAGUUGAGCUCGCAACAACACCUGCAGGGCCACGGGUUCCCCAUCCCUGUUCUAGCCUGACAACUUUGGGGAUUAAACCCAGUGACAUGAUGAAAUAGGCUCUCUCUCCCCACUUUUGUAGGGAAGGACGUGUCUUGGGUGUCCUGGAAGUCUCUCGCUCCAUUGGGGAUGGGCAGUACAAGCGCUUUGGGGUCAUCUCUGUGCCAGAUGUCAAGCGCUGCCAGCUUACACACAACGACAGGUAAAACCUGACACAAGUACACAAAUGCAGAGAAUACAAGUGGGCUUUCUUUAGAAUAAACCAUUAAAUCACUCCUUGUGUUCUGUUUUGUUUCUAGGUCCUAAUCCCCCCACCCCCCAUAAAACUUAUCACUUAUUGCUCUUCCAGGUUUAUCCUCUUGGCUUGUGAUGGUCUCUUCAAAGUCUUCUCACCAGAUGAAGCUGUGAACUUCAUUAUGUCUUGUUUGGAGGUAAGGGGAAGAUAGGCUUGAGUGAGAAGAGACAGGGCUGCUUGUUAGGAAAGGAAUAUGGAAGAGGAACUCACUCUUGUUCUUUGGCUGGCAUGUAAGACAUCCACUUGAUGGGUUGCGUGCCCUGAUUCAACCAAGCAGGGACCAUGUAAACUUUAAUAUAUGUCUAGUUGCUGUUUCAGGUGGGAAGUGGGCAGAAGAGAGAUGGUCCCUCUGUCCCCAUAGCAGCAGGUGGCAGCGGGGCUUGUGGCGAGUUUACAAAAACACCAAAACAUUCCUUUCAGAUGACAGUGCAGGUAGCUAAUUGCAAGACUGAGUAGAGGCCCUUUUCUGAGUGUUUCUGUUUAAAUGAGAUGGUUUGCUGUGAAGGAAAGAGCCCCUUCACUGGUGACUUCCCAGCUGUGGAAUACCUUCCCCAAGAAAGACUCCAUUGACGUCUAUGUUGUGGCCUUUUCAGAGCCAGCUGAAGACAUUUAUACACCACCCCCCCAGCUUCCUAGUUCUAAAGCCACAUUUUUAGUGCUUAAUAGAUACUUGGCACUACUGUAUCCUCGGCUGCUGAUUUUACUUUUAUUACAAUACUUUUUAAAAAAAGUGUUUCUAACUUUAUGUCCAUGUUUGUACUUUAUAGUAUACCAGGGGUUGUGGGUGUUGAAAAGUCCCUAUACUUCCCAGGUGAUUUUUUGUGAACGAAUGAUAUACAAACAUUGUAAAUAAUUAGAAGUUACUCUGGGAAUGAGAGACAUGGGCACUGAAGUGCUCUCAGCAAAUUAAGUGAAAAGAAACUACCCCGCAUUUGUGUAUUCUGCUUCCCAACAGGACAAAACUAUUCCCACGAGAGAUGCCAAAUCAGCUGCUGAUGCUCGGUAUGAAGCAGCCUGUAACAGGCUGGCCAACAAGGCUGUGCAGCGAGGCUCUGCAGAUAACGUCACAGUUGUGGUGGUCCGGAUUGAGCAGUGAUGCCGAGAAUAGGUGCAAGUGAGGUCCUUAGCAGCAUGCAGUGGAUUUAAUGGAACAAGUUAGUGUGCCUGUGAGUGUGUAUGUGUGUAUGUAGGGUUUCGGUUGUGUUUCCGCCCCUGAAUGCUCUUUAUUUGUAAAUAAAAGGGAUUUUUUUCUAACUGUUCAAGUUGGUUCAUUGUUUCAUAGAAUCACAAUUGGAUGGAAUGGGGCUGUCUAAUCCACCGAGUGAACUUCUUAGAUAAAAUAGUGUACAGUUGAUGCUCAUAGUGCUUGACUUGCACAAGGCACCUUGUUUUUUGUAUUCCAGCACCUUAAGCACAAAAUACAUGCAUUUUGUGCUGGUUCCGUAGAGGAAGGAAAUGAUGUAUUGAGCUUCUGAGUUAAAAGAUGCUCCAGAGUUCAAAACAGUUCAAUACAGCUUGAGAGAACUAACUAUGCAUUCGUAGUUGCCUUUCAGGAAUUUCCCUUUCAGGCAGUUGUAAUAAUCCAUCUGGAGUUUUAAAAAGCGGCUGUAAAUUUUGCAUGGAAAUUGCUAAAAGAGGAUCACACAGGAAAGUUUUUGGAGUGUGAUCUCACACCAAAACCCACUGGAUUGCUCUCUGCACCUCUUUAAAGGGGAUACUCUUGCUAUUGGCAAAAGGUAGGUAUCAAAAGCUAAACUUAAAAAGCUGGUGAAAAGCUGGUAUGUACCUUGGUUGUCAUCUGUCAAUAGAAAGUAAAGGUUGUGCACAGUUGUACCGGUAUACUCACUCCUGAGUAAAUGGGAAUACACCAGGCUCUUCGUAGUAGAAUCUACAUCUGGUAUGUGAUCAGAUGGGGAUAGAAAAGUAAGCCACACUUUUGUGAUGCUGAGACUUGUAUGUGACGUUUUUGGGAAGAGGGGUCUAAUAUUUUUCAUAGCAAAUAAGGGCUAUGUCAUUAUGAGUUUAAAAGGUUGCAGUUUGCAAAAGAUGAAACACGAACUCUGGGAGGUUUUUAAGGCUGCUUUAUAACUGCAUCUACAUGACUUGAGGUUUCUACACUGAGUCACUGGCCCUUAAAUGAGCCGACUCUGGGCAAGCGAUGGCACACACGCUUAUGCAAGUUGCCACUUGAUGUUUUCAGUCAAGUGGUGAGCAUGUUUGAGUUCAGUCACCAGAUGUCCUCUGUGAUCAUAGAUCUGUUGUCUUAAACAGUUCAUAGCAGUUGCUUUAGCAAAAGAAGCCAAUUAAUACAAGGGAAAGCAUAUAUUUUUUAAUUAGAAACUGUCUUGAAAACAAUCCAUUAUAAUUUACAGAAAGUACACCAUGGUGCAACAGUUUGUGUCAGUGCAUGCACAUACACUCAGCCAAUCAGAACGAAAGAUAAACAGACGUCUGAGAAUGCAAGAACAGCUCUAAAACUAAGGGUGGGUGGUACGUGUGACCUUCUCCAGCAUCGCAAGUCUAUGAAAAAACACCACUUUUUCUCUUACAGCCUUGGUUAUUUUGUAUAUUCCUUCUCUAAGCAAAUAAAAUGCAUUUAACAGCAAGUGCAUAAAUAUAUUUCUUAAUAUAGUGCAAUAAAUAGACCUGCUUAUAAUGGAAGCUUCAGUGGGAAGGCUAAUGCUGACUGUGCUGCUGGGCAGGGCACCACCUUGCCCUUAUCAGGCCGUGUGGCAUUUCCAAAGUGAAAAGGGGUGGGUGUAUACGGUUUACUGAGAAUUUGCCUUUUCUAAAACCUAACAACUUAAUAUUUGGCUGCCCAGAAUCCUUUUCAGUAUGCUCUGCCUCUUAAGAAUUUUUUUGGCUUGGAGGGAAAUAAACUUUCCCUGUUCCUUAUUCUUUGAGAGGAAAAAGGAAUGAAGAGCAAGGGGAGAGAAGCUUACUUGUCAGUGUUACUCUAUAUUAAAACGAAUCCUUCAUGUAGAAAGAUUCAGCUAUCAAGAACUCCUUGCUAGAUUUCUUGAUGCAGUCAGUUUUUCCACAGCACUAUGUACUGACUGAAACAUGGCUUUCUGCAUUCUGAACUGUCCUAUUUUAAACUGAUCUAUUUAAACUGAUCUUGUAAGAAAUUAUCGAAGAAACAAAUCUUGUUGAAGCAGAGGUGGUGCUCCCUUAUGAAAAUUUCCACGAUGACUUGCAGGGACUGAUUAUAUAAAAUAGAGCAGCUGGGGCAACCUGUUACACAAGUAACUUCUCAGGCUAAAAUAGAUAAGGGUAUGUGUUCAUCCCACACAGGAGCAGUUCUAAUGCCUGCCUACGUGCCCAAGGUUACAAUAAUAGUAGAAGAGGGUGGUGCUGCAUUCGCAAUUCUUGGAUAUCGUACUUUAGGGUGUACACAGCCUCAGAGAAAAUAAGGACAGUUACUAAGAAAUGGAAAUAACCAUCUCUUCCCUCGUCACGUAGUUAGGUU